AUGUUCUCCUCACGAGCAGUCAUGCGCCCCCUCCUGCGCUGCGCUCCCCGCGCCUCCGUCCCCGCGCACCGCCGCCUCCUCAACACCGACACCGCGCCAGUGCUCUACUCCGCGCACGCCAGGACCGUCGGUGCGCGCAACGGACACGUUGAGGGCAGCGAGGGCCUCGUGCUGGACCUGGGCAUGCCCAAGGGGCUCGGUGGCGCCGGCGGGCCUGGCAAGACGAACCCGGAGGAGCUGUUCGCGGCCGGCUACGGCGCGUGCUUCCAGUCCGCCAUGGGCAUCGUCGCGCCGCGGCUGGGCCUCAAGAUGCCGUCCAAGGCGGAGGACAGCGUCAUCAAGACGACGGUGCACAUGGUCGGCGACCUGAAGAAGGCGGACCUGGGCAUCAGGGUCGAAAUGCUCGUCAAGGUCAAGGGCCUCAAGAAGGAGGACCUGGAGAAGCUGGUGGAGAAGACAAAGGAGACGUGCCCGUACAGUCGUGCUACCCAGGGCAAUGUAACUACCAACAUCAAAGUCGAGUCAUCGUGA